CCCUAGGUACCGUCCGCUGCAACCAGGGACAUUCCUUCCCCACGACGACUGCCUAGGAGGCGUGGUUCUUCUCCCUAGGUACCGUCUGCUGCAGCUAAGGACAUUCCUUCUCCACGACGAGUGCCCAGGAGGCGUGGUACGGGGAACGUGCGCCCCUAAAGUGUUCCCUAGGGGCCACCGGCUUUCUCCCCCGGCAUCUCGGGCACAGCUGCUCGCUCCAACACACGCGCCGGAGCACGCAGUCGCGCAUUUGCCGGUGGCGCGAACAGGUCGGCGUGGAGUUCAGUGUGGUUGUGUCGUGAAGUGCCCUCUUGUGGAUAUACACACUUCGCCAGCAUCACCGGUUGUCCGAUCGCCACUGCGAGCUGGGAUUAUCUCUGCUCGUCAGUGAGCCAUGGGCUAGGACCCUGCCCAGUGACGCUCGCAUGUCCGGAUGGAUGACGAAGACAAACGGAUCGUGUCGGAUUUUCUGCCAUCCGAGGGCAUGAUCCUGCCAUCAGACGGACUUCAAAGCCCGCCGCUGGAGAAUGGGAGCGGAGGAGAGACUGAGGACUCAUUUGAAGGGGAGGGGAGUGAGGAGGUGAUCGUCAAAGCCGACAAGCUCGUUGGCUGUGCUGUCCAAGACGCGCUGCACCGGCUUGUCGAACUGUGCGACGCACCUGAGAGUGGCCUGGUCACCCUGGACAAGCUCAUGGCUGUGAUUGAGAGCCAGGGGUUUCAAUGCUCUGCUCAGGACGAGCAGUCCCUGAAUCAGGUGUACACUGCGCUUUGGGCCGAGAGCGAAUCCAAGGGCCUGGUGACUAACGGGACCUCGGGAAAACGGGACGUCCAUGUUGACAUCCAUGGCUCCAAGGUGAUUCGAAACCUGCUCGACGACUACCAGCGAAAUGCACACCUUGAGGAUAUCUGGGAGCCCGGCCUGUCAGUGCUGCUGGACUCAAGUAAGUCGGGCGGGGGGUUACCCACUCCCGGCGGGGGCGGAGGCCCUCUAUUCUCAACGCCUCACUGCUGCACCGGUGGUGGUGAUGAUGGCGCUGGUAGCACUAGAAGGGGUGGUGGCCGUGCAUCGGGUUGCUCAACUCCGUCUACCUGCUCCUCGGCAGAAAUCCUCGCAUCCCUGGAGGUGUCCAUGUUCAGCUGUGGAAGCAAAGAAGGCAUCGCAGGCGACUUCAGCUUCCUGGACGUGGCCCAGAUAGAGGCAGAGCGGUCCCAAUUCCAGCACACCGUGCAGCGGCUGACCAAGGAGAAGGAGGAUGCCUUCCGACAGUGGUCGCAGGUUGAAGAGGCCAACCAGGCACUCACAGCCUCUAACAAGGACCUGCUCGAGCGGGUGCGAAGCCUGUGCCAAGAAGUGGAGGCCCUGAGGAGUGCCAGUGUGGAACUGGAGGAGACCAAGGCUGCCCUCGCGGCCACCAGUGCCGCCCGAGAGCAGGCCGAGCAGCAGCUUGUCCAGGCCCGGGCGGCCCGGGCGGCGCUCCAGAGCCAGCUGGAGAACAGGAUUAUCGAGGUGGACGGCCUGCAGGAAAGGCUGACAAAGUCCCAGGUCCGUGAGAAGAAGGCUUCCGAGGCGGUGGCCAAAAACCGGCUGCGGCUGCGCGACCUCGAGAAGCGCAACCUCAGCCUCAAGGAGCAGUUGUCGCAGGAGUCCAGCAGACUUAAUGAGAGCACAGCUGCGGUCCAGGAUUUAUCCAAGACACUAGAGACACUUGAACAGAGGCAGAAAGACACGGAGGACGAAUUGCGGCUAAAGCGUGUGGAAAAUCUCCGGCUGAGGGAAGUGCUGUUCGAGCGGAGCGCUCUGGUUGUCGGCGACGGCAGCACGAUCACUGGCACGGAGUUGCACGACACCAGCCCUGCAACCAUGGCCGUCCCUGGCGAGGCCAACCUGGACAGCGACGAGGGCGUCCGCUCCAUCUCGCCGGCCAAUGCCCUCUUGUUGGACCUGUCGUCGUCCUCGUCGCAGCAGCCCAUCAGCGACGAGCUCUUCCUCAGCGCACUUGACCUCCCUUGUGCGAGCACGCCGCAUCAGAGCCUGUCCAAGAGGCCGCGGAUGCCGUUCUGUGGAAUUCCAAGCUUACCCUCUUGGGACUGCUCCAUGAUCCAGCGCCGGCACUCCGACGCUGGUGUCUUCAACUCUGUCCUUCUGAACCAGUCAGGACACAGCAGCCUUCCACCGAGGAUAUCGGCCCUGGUCCCGGAGAACUUCGCCAGCUUUGGAGAGGAAACCUUGCGGGUAAGGCUUGAGCAAGAGCUGGAGAGGAAAGAGGAAGUCAUUAGGGAACUGGAAGCAAAGAUUGCGGUGCACAAGGAGGAGCACAUGGCCCUGGAGCGACGUCAGGCCGAGCUGUGCAGUUUCCUCGGACUCACUUUGGUUGUGCUGAGGACAAUUCGCUGCGACCUCCAAGCGUUGAACGAUGAAGCUGUCAGGGUCCUGGAAUCGCAUGCCGGGGCCGCGUCUGUGCUGGCUCUGGCACAGCAGGAUAGGCAGCUGGUGUCUGCCCUUGAGGACAUCAGCCCAGAGUCGGCAUACUCGUUCCCGGAGGAUGUGGUCCGGGAGCAGAUCCAGCUGGAGCUUCAGACACUCAGGGCACAGAUCACCAAGAGCCAGGCUGUACUCACCUACCUCCAGAGCCGUGGUUCAAGGUUACCUCUGCACCCAUCGUCUGAGUGUGCGACCAUCGAUCGCAAGGCCCUAGUUCCACACCGUGGGUACUCUGAAGAAGGUGUCCACCCCGAUGACCGCCACUACGACACCUUAGAGACGCACCGUAACAGGAGGCCUUCGGGUUGCAAUACUUGCGGGUGCAUCGGCCGCUGCCGAGGUCGUCAUGCUGGUCGCUUCUCGAGCACGUUGUCGUGCCCCACCCUCUUGUCGCGUGACUCACCUGUGGCGAGAGGCACGCAGACUGAGCUGGCGGCAUCGACAAGGUCCCGCGACUGUCAGACAGAGCCCCUUGCUGUUGUCGAUGUGUCGUGUGACAGGGUUAGUGUUGAGCAGAAGGUGCCCGAUGAUGUACGGACCCCAGUGGUGCCAGACUUGUCGCUGGCAUUUCCGAGACACCGGAGCAACAGUUUUGUGUGUGCCAUCCAAGGAGGAAAUGUUGCGUCUGUGGAGGCAUCUGAUGGCAGUGCACUUUCGAGAGAGACUUGUACAGUUGACAGUGGCAGUGCCAAACCACCGGUGCCAAAGCUAAUAUUCGAAGACUUCGAUGCGCAGCGAAGAGAACCCGAUGCACAGACCCGGAAGGCAGCCUUCAGGAAAUGCCUACUUGAGGUGGGACGCAGUGUGGCCAUGGACUUGGAUCAGCCGGAUGGCUCCACGGGCUCUCCACAGGUUCCUCUGAAGAAGACCACCUUCAUGCUGGAGCGACCCGAGACGGAGUCCGCCCAGGGCAGCCUGGAGGGUCUGGAGGCCUUUCCCUCCUUCUCUGACGUGGUGCUCGCCUCUCAGGGAGUCUCCAAGGACUCGCCAGGUUCGGACCAGCUGACGGAAGAGGAGAUUGAGAACAAGUUCACCACUCUCUCCCUGGGCUUCAAGACCGACCGGCUGACGCUGACCAAGCGACUCGAACUGCAUCAGCGGCACCGGGACAUCGCCGAGGGCAACAUCCAGGCAGAGCUCAACGCCAUUCGGGAUCUCGCGCAGACCCUCGACUCGCUGUGCACGGACGACGAGCGCGUCCGGGAAGUGGUUGCGCAGAUCCGCAACCACGUCGACGUCAUCCAGCAGUCCACCGACCGAGUGUCCAGCCAGGCCGAGGUGUACGGGGCCGUCCAACAGGAGGAGCGCAUGAGCAGGGCGUUCGAGGUGAUGGUGGCGCACGUGGAGAACCUCAAGCGCGCCUCCGAGCGGGAGCACCGGGAACUGGAGGACGCCCGCAAGCUGCUGCUCGACCGCCAGCUGAUGCACGACGUGGCCACUGUGACGCCCGCAAAGGAUGCCCGUCGCAGGGCCAGCGUUGCCUGUGUCCGUCGACCCUCGGGGGAGGACUCCCGUGGAAACCUUGUCUACUUAGAUUCCCGGGGCCGGCUGUUCAGCAUCCCGGGCGGCUCGGCCGGCGCUUCGUCGGCACCGGGCCCCGUGCGCGCCGUGCGCGCCCUCAACUUGGGCGCCCGGCGAUGCUCGCUUCCGGUUCCGCACGCCGUGCUCCUGCCCGCGCCGCACGAGGCCGACGCGGCGCGAGCCGCUGACGCCGCGGCCGGCGCCAAGUCGGAAUGUCACAUGGAAGAGGAAGUGGUUGGAUCCUCUGCCAAAGCUGACGGCUCACACCACCAUGGUGCAAGGGAUGUCAACGGGGACGUUGGAGUCUCCAGCCUGUCUGCCCACGAGCACAGUGGCCUUAUCACUGAGGAAAGUCCGACUCUCCAAAAUGGCGUGCUCGAGGAAUUGGUGGCCGCCAGUGUCCAGGACACACUGGAGCUGUCGGAUCGGCUAAACGGCAUGGAGGAGAUGGAUGCUGACGAGCUGCGGGCUCACGAAGACGAGGAAGGGGACCAGGAGUUCGACGGCGAAGAGACGGAAGGCAGCAGCUCCAGGGUGGACUGCACCAACAUCGACUUGCUGCAUUGGGCAGCCAACGUGGUCGUCAGGGUGAAGUACUGGUUAAACAGAAGUCGCCAGGUACUGGCUGGCCGCAAGCGGCUGGCACCAGUCACUGUCCAGCGCUUCACGACCGCCCGCUAUUUCCUCAGUGGUCUGUUAGUCACCGCCGCCCUGGUGACUGCCCUCGUCGUGCUGCUCCCUGGCGUGACCCCAUGCUCUCACGCAAUGAACGACGGUGCCAACGUGAUCCAGCUGUGGCACGACCUGUGCCUCUGGGGACCGGACUUUGUGACACUGCACCGCGGUGACCGGCCACCACCGACUUGAUUUGCACCAGCUGAAACUUAUUUUUCUGUCCGUGUCUCCCUCUUCAAUGUUCCACAAAGUGUGCGUGGUGCUGCAAAAGUGUCAAGAGAUGGGCACCUGUGAUGUGAUCUUUACAGGAACUUUUUUCCUCAGUAUGUGUGUAGGAUAAGAAUGGUGCACUGUGGAUUAGAAUAGGCGUUGUUCCACAAAGGGUGUAUGGGUGCUGCAAAAGUGUCAGUGACAAGUAGCGAUGUGAUCUUUACAGAAAUUUCAUUUUCUUUUCAUGUGUGUGCAUCGAUUCUCCAUUCAGAACAGCCAUUUUAGGGGCACAUUAAAGAAAUGUCCAGCAAUGGGCUGUAGACUACAUUGGCAGCGUUGGCAAGCAACUGAAAGUGGUCUUUCGGAAGACACGUUUAUGGGGACAUCGGUUCUAUGUUUCAAAUCUACGAGGCAGUGCGGUAUUACCACUGCACUCAGCACGGCAUUUUAAGCACUGACUGCUGCAUUUGUCAUGGAGCGGCACGCCCGCGUCUUGCAAGACACUUCAAGACUGUCAGGAGAAAGGUGAUUGCUAAACCGGGUCACACAUUAUUUGAAAACCAUAAUGCGCACAGAUCAAUGUCUUGCCGCACUACGCGGUCACUGCAACCUGGCAAGUACUCAUGCUGGCAGUUAAGUGACUUUAUGGUGGACGUUCUGUCUCGCUCAAAGCUCGCAUGGUCAGGCUGCCAAAGUGCUGCCAUCUGCCGGCACUUUUAGCGUUCUUUCAACUGUCCUCUCUACUCGAAGGAGAGUUCUGUUUUGAGAGAACAAUGUUUACAAAAUACAACAACCUUAAGGCAGACUGCCGCUGCGCUAAUGGGUGCAGCCGUUGGAAAAUAGGCAGAGUUUGCUGGCAGUUCUUGUAAUGCCAACUUAGAUUCCGUUUCUGUUUGUUGUACUGUUAUUUUUAGGACUCUUGAACUGAGUGCCAUGCGCGUGUAAUAAUUCUGUGUCAUGUGCAAUACUUACUUUCUUUUGUGUCAUCUUGAGCAAGAGAUGGACAAAUGUGUUCUUUUUUUUUUUGCAAGGCUUGCUAUGACUACACCUUCGUUAGACAAUUGUAACCCUGUUGCAGCAAGUUGACAUGUGACAUAAGUGAAGUUUUUUUGCAUAUGCGCAAGUGUUUAUAGUUUCUAUUUAAAUAGAGUUAUGUUUAUUACUGUUACGAGUUCUAUGAAUGUUUCUUUUUUUGUGAAGGUUUAUUAAAUGACAAAUCUUGAAUUUGGCUUCUCCAGAUCGAAAAGUCUAUUCGAGAUGAUAUUUUAAACUUCAGUGUUCAUGUUGGAAAGACCUCCUAGCUGAAAAUGAACGUUUUUGUUUUGUAAAGAUUUAUAACAGCAAACCAGUUCUAAGUGUGGCUUUUCCAAGAAGGAAAGUCUAUUGUAGAAAAAGUAUGUUUUAGAUGUGUUGUGUUCUCCAUGUUGUUCCUUUUAGCUCAAAAUAAAUUUAGUUUCGCGUUUCGCA